AAUUUCUUCAAGCUGUCAUCGUCUUAGGGUUUUGCCUCGUGAAGAUGCCAAAAACAACCGAACAUUGCGAUGAAAAAAUUGAAGAGAUACUUUGUGAAGACCGGAUUAGUUCUUUACCCGACGAUUUGCUUGUGACGAUACUGUUGUCUGUCCCUCUUAAAGAUGCAGCAGCCACCAUGAUUUUGUCUAAGCGAUGGCGUUUUAUGUGGACUAUGUUGCCUAUACUUGUUUACAAAGAAAGCGAUGUUGAGAGCAAGAAUAGUGUUUGGGAUUUUCUUGACAAGUCACUGGAACUCCACAAAGCCCCUCUUCUAGGUAUGUAUAUGCAACUCGGUCCACAGUGUCCAUUAGAUGCUGAUGUGGGAAAGUGGGUUGCAACGGCUCUUGAUCGCGGCUUGGCAUUGCUAAUCUUCGAGCUCCGCUGGUCCGCAGAUCCAACCAGCUUGCCCAUGACCCUUUACUCCUGCAAAUCUCUCAAGAUAUUGCGUCUCUCCCACAAGGUUCUAGUGGAUCUUCCUUCUUCCAUCUGGCUUCCAUCACUUCAAAUUCUCGAGCUAAACUGUGUGGUGUAUAAAAACGAAGAUUCUCUCAAAAGGUUCUUAUCAAGCUGCCCCGUUCUGGAGAGUAUGACCGUGACACGGGAAAAAGAUGACAACGUGAAAAUUUUCACUGUGAAAGCUCCUUAUCUAUUGGACUUAUCUUAUGGUAAUUAUAUGUCGGACGAUGAUGAAGAAGAUACCGGUAGAUGUUUGGUUAUUGAUACUCCGGCAUUAACAUACUUAGACAUAGCCGAUUAUUCAGGAAACUCUUGGUCGAUCGAGAAUACACCCUGUUUGGAGGAAGUUUACUUCAAUGUUGAUCGGUCUUUACUUGGUUUUGACAAAUUCUUAAGAUCUUUCUCCAAAGUCUUAUUUCUUGAGUUGAUUUUAACUGAUAAAAUGAUUGUGUGUUUUAGCACCAUCGAGUUCUCUCGGCUGACGAAGUGUAAAUUAUUCCCGAAUAACUCAAACUGGAUGGAUUCACUUGUGUCUUUCCUCCACAAUACUCCAAAACUUAAGUAUCUUAUAAUUGAUUAUAAAACAAACCAUCAACCACCGAUUGCCUCUAUGUGGUGGAGCCAAUCUAUCAGUGAUCCCGAAUGCUUAUCCUCAAGUCUGGAAAAGUUUGAAUUGAUAGACUAUGGAGGAAGAGAAGAAGAGCGAGAAUUGGUAGAAUACAUCUUAACCACCUCUAUAUGUUUAAAGACGGCUACAAUCUCCUUGUCCACCUUAAAACUUGAAGAUGAAGACAUAACUAUGAAGGAGUUGAAAGCUAUUCCUAGGGUUUCUAUAACAUCUCAUCUCUUUUUCAAAACUUCACAUAAAUAAUUAUGUAAACUAUAACUGUGUUUUUUUUUGGGGUUUUACAUUGUUUCCUUAUCUCGACGUUUAUAUAUUAUAUAUUCUAUUUUGUAUAUUACAGAUCUUACUUAGAACAAUAAAUACGACUUGCUUAAGUAACAUCAGGUUUUUAUGCAUAUGUUGAAUGUUUAAAUUGGGGAAAUAAAGUUUGUUGUUGAGCCAAAAAAAAAUUUCCAUCAGGUUUUAGAAACAGGGAUUUCUCUAGUGUGUGAUAAAAGCAAAGUUCAAUACGCCACACUGGAGUAUCUUUGGGUUUAACUCCCUCCCGAAGAAAGUUCUUAUGUGCGUUGAAGAGAUUUUUCACAGCUCAAACUCGCCGAGAAACAAACUUUACAGCAACAACCCACGAAUAUCUUAUCAUAGAACAGAACAACCCACAACAUAUUUGAAAUUAGGCCUGGACAUUUGGGUCGUCGGGUCGGGUUCGGAUCUUUUUGGGUCCGGGUCUUUUGAGUCUAAAAGUUUAUGACUUGAUAUGGUGAUUUCAAAUUCUCGGUUCCGGGUCAGUCCGGAUCGUACCGGGUCGGGUCUUAGAUACUUAGACCCAUUCGGGUAACUACAAUUUAUCGGUUCGGAUUCGGUUCAGUUUCGGAUCGGGUUCGGUUCGGGUUUGAUUUAAAAAAGACCUAAAAUAAAAAAAAAAUCUGAAAAUAUUUAUAUAUCCAAAAAUAUUCAACAUUUGUGUUUUUAUUAUAUUAAAAUAUGUAUAUAUAUUAAACUAUGCGAGAUACAACAACCAUUCGUUGUCUCUUAGUGGUUGACCCCAUGUUCUCUAGAUGAAUAACCCGUCUUCGAUUCCCCCUUAAUGCAUUUUAUUUAAUUUACAUUAUUAAUUCGGGUACCCAUCGGGUUUCAGGUUUGGGUCGGGUCAGGUCGAAGACCCGCGGGUCCUCUGCAACAAGACCCGAUAGGGUAAUUUGAUCGGGUCGGCUCCUUCCCGAACCGUUUUUUUUGGGUCGGUUUCGGGUCGGAUCUUCGGGUCCGAGUAAACUGUUCAGGCCUAUUUAAAAUUGUUUAAAAUAAAAUUAAAGAUCAUUUAAGGCCCAAUUACCAAUUUUUGGGCCUUUCCAAUUUGACGUUUUUGCAUCUAAUUUAUUCUUCGCUAGCUUUGUUAUUUCUUUUUAAUCCCUUAUAUAUUAAAAGAGAAGCAUUGUAAUAAUUGCGUUCACACUAAACUGGACACAUGUCACGUGUAGAAACAUUAUAAUAAAUGCGUUCACACUAAAAUGGACACAUGUCACAUAUAAAGAGCUUCUCAGCUAAACUCUACAUAAAUAUGUUAACACUAUGUACUUUACGUUUUUUUAAUAUAAAACUCACAUGCAUAGUUCUUCUGUUUACGAAUAGAGCUGGACAAGUUAUUCAUAAAUUUUGAUUUGAUUCGUUAUC